AUGCAAUUAGCCAAUCUCACACGCCAAGCUGAGCCACUGAUUUUAUUUCAGAGCUGUGCAAGGCUAAGUGUUCGGCAGUUUCCCACAAAUCAAGCACACCCUACGCAGACAUUGCAAUAUAAAGCCCGGGCCCUAUCCGCCCGUUGGACGCUACUCUUAGGGCGCAGGGCCCUCGACAGACGAGGGUGUGCCGCGGGACAGCUCACGACAGGGACCCCGCACAACGCUUCCUCUGCCUCCCCCCGUCAGCUGUUGGCCUGUGGUACGCUCCGCCGUUACGUCCGUCCUGCACGGGCCAAUAGGAAGCAUCCUGGCGUGGCGCCCGGGAGCGCCGCUACCGCCUUACGAAGAGAGGAAGGUGGGGGACAUAUAAAUGCGGCGUCCGCCCCCGUGGAGGAAAGAGAGAGCCGGAACAAACGGCUGGCGAGGGCCUGGGGGACAACGGUGCUAGCGGUCACACAGAUUGGAGAGCCAUGGCUUGUGCUUUUUCAGAUUGAACUUCGAUUUGAUGUGGCAGAAAAUGGUCUGGAAGAUAACGUGUCACUCCACUGGAAAAGUGAAAACAAUACUAUUUCCGAAGUGAAUGGUACAAAAGUAUUCAGUUAUGAUCGUGUCUUUCACUCAAGCGACAACACACAGCAGUUAUAUGAAGGUGUAGCUGUUCCAAUUAUACAGUCAGCUGUGCAAGGUUAUAAUGGGACAAUUUUUGCAUAUGGACAGACUGCUUCAGGGAAGACAUAUACAAUGAUGGGAAAUGAAGAUUCUGUGGGCAUUAUCCCUAAGGCAAUUCAACAUGUUUUCAAAAUUAUUUGUGAGAUUCCAGAUAGAGAAUUCUUGCUAAGGGUUUCUUACAUGGAAAUCUACAAUGAAACCAUUACAGAUUUGCUUUGUGAUAACAGGAAAAAGAAGCCUCUGGGAAUUCGUGAGGAUGUUAAUAGGAAUAUAUAUGUCGAAGACCUAAUUGAAGAGGUGGUGGUUGCACCAGAACAAGUUAUGGAGUGGAUCAGAAAAGGAGAAAAAAAUCGCCAUUAUGGAGAAACCAAAAUGAAUGAACACAGCAGCCGUUCUCACACUAUCUUCAGAAUGAUCAUUGAAAGCAGAGAACGAAGUGACCCUGCAAAUGCAAACUGUGAUGGAGCAGUGAUGGUAUCCCACUUGAACUUGGUAGAUCUGGCAGGCAGUGAAAGAGCUAGUCAAACAGGAUCUGAAGGUGUCCGACUGAAAGAAGGAUGCAAUAUAAACCGGAGCUUGUUCAUUCUGGGUCAAGUUAUCAAAAAACUUUGUGAUGACUCCUCUGGCUUUGUAAAUUACAGAGACAGCAAGCUGACUCGAAUUCUGCAGAACUCCCUUGGAGGAAAUGCUAAGACAGUUAUUAUUUGUACAGUUACUCCUGUUUCUUUUGAUGAAACGCUCAGUACUCUUCAGUUUGCCAAUACAGCCAAAAGAAUGAGGAAUACUCCAAAAGUCAAUGAAGUACUUGAUGAUGAUGCCCUUCUGAAGAGGUAUCGCAAAGAAAUUCUGGAUUUGAAAAAGCAGCUGGAAGAGGUGUCUUCAAAGACUCAAAUUCACGCCAUGGAGAAAGACCAAUUGGCCCAGCUGUUGGAAGAAAAAAAUUCGCUUCAGAAAGUACAGGAAGAUAGGAUACGGAACUUAACAGAGAUGCUGGUGACUUCUGCCUCUUUUUCCUCAAAACAGAAAACUGCAGCCAAGAGAAAAAGAAGAGUUACUUGGGCUCCUGGUAAAAUAAAUGAGGCAGAUGUGAGCUAUUUUGAAGACUUAGAAAAACCAAGGCUGCUUGAAGCAAAAAAAAAGAAAUGGUCUCUGUCAGCACUACCAGACAUAGAGGAUUCUAUGUUGGAGAGUUCUGUACAUGACAACCAAUGUCUGAUGGGUCCUGAUGAAAUUUCGGAAACAUGGACUGCUGGACCCGACAUGAAUUGGACUCAGAAUGACUUUAAAGAGACUGUGGAACUCUGUGAACAGUUAGUACUAGAAAAGGAUAUUGCUGUAAAAGAGUUCAACAACCUGCAAGCUAACUUUGAUAACGUAGUAUUGGAAAAUAAGCAGUUAAAACUAGAAAUAAAUGAAAUUAAGGAGAAACUGAAGGAAAAAAUAGAAAUAGAUGAAUUUGAAGCACUCGAAAAACAAACACAAAAAGAUCAUGAGGCAGAAAUAAACUCCAAAUUGGAACAGCUGAAAGAGAAAGAUAACAAAAUAAAGAUACUACAGAACCGUGUGGAAGAAUUAAAGAAAGCAGGAGCAGAAAAAAAGGACACAUCUUUUUCAGUGGGAGAUUCUGAUAAGCUAAUUGAGGAAAUUCAGCAGCUGAAGAAAUCCAUCUCAGAUAGUGAAACCAUAGCCUUGGAUGCCAGAAAAGAAGCUGCCUUUCUCAGAAGUGAAAAUUUGGAGCUGAAGGAGAAGAUGAGUGAACUUCAACUUAAUUACAAGCAAAUGCAAAAGGAUGUUCAGCUCUAUCAAAGACAAAUAGAAGAAGGAAAAGCCAGUUAUAAAAAAAGGCAAGCUGACUUGCAGAAGGAGUUGCAGUCUGUAUUUCAAGAAAACACAAGGCUAACUUCACUGAUGGAUGGUAAAGUUCCAAAAGAUCUGCUCUCACGUGUGGAGCUGGAAAAAAGGACUGCUAACUUAAAAGGAGAACUAGAAGAGGCGUUGAAAGAGAAUGCACUUCUACAAAAACAAGUAAAUGAGCUAUCAGAAUUUCAGUCUCUACAAAAUACUGUUGCAACACAGCAGAAAGAAACUCUUGAAAAAUGUGAGGAGAUACGCUUGUUAAAAUCAGAAAGAGAGAAACUGCUUUCUGAAGUAGCUGAUAAUGAAAUUAGACUUCAACAUAUGACUGAAGAAAUUGGAAAAUCAAAAGAUGAUCUAGCAGAUGCACAACUUAAAUAUGUGACAUCUGAUCGGGAAUACGUAGCACUUAAAGAGCUCCACAAACAACUAGAGCAAAAAUAUGUAGCUGCAUCAGAAAACAAUGAACAAAUGAAGCUCCAAAUGGAUAUUCUAUCUAAAGAAGCACAAGAGUGUAAAACAACUUUGGAUAAAGUGAAAUUAGAGCUCUCUAGCAAAAUUAAAGAACUGGAAGAAAAGACAGCAGAACACAAACAACUUCUUGAGGUAAGAGAAGAUUUUAUUCAGACUCAGCAGAAGUUAAAUGAAAUGGAGCAAUUAAAAGAGCAAGAAAAGAUUAUGAAGUUGAGACUGGAAGCCAAGGAUUCAGAGAUCAAAUCAGUUCUGCAGCAGCUUACUGAAUGUCAGGAAGAAGUAAAAACUCUUACCCAGGAAAGAGAUUACCUGAAGCAAAAGGAGGAGUCUCUCCAAGCUGAGACAGACCAACUCAAACAGGAUAUAGAGGACACUGUUUCAAUGAACAUUUUGGCACAUGAAGAAGUGAGAAAUGUACAGAAUUCUCUCAAGCAAUCUCAGGACACUGUCAUGAAGUUGGAGAAAAUUAUUUCUGAAAAAGAAUCUCAGGUUCUAAGUGUUGAAGAGGCACUAAGUAAGAACAUUAAAGAACUUGAAAUAAAGGUAUCACAGCUAAUGGAAGAUACAAGAAUCAUCACGUUAGAAAGAGACCGGCUUGCUGAAGAAAAAUCAGAAAAUAAUAACUGUAAAGAAAGUGAUCAGCUUCAAGUGCUAAAGGAACAAAUCUUUUUCCUUACACAAGAGAACAAUUCAUUACAGGAUAAGCUGGACAGUUUACAUUUGAAAAAAGAAGAGUAUGGGGAAGGAACUUUGAUACCACAGAUUCAAGAACAAUCUAUUGAGCAAGAAUUAUUUCUUCUGAGAGAAGAGCUGAGCCAGGCACAAAAGAAACUGCGUGAAAUGGAGGAAGUGAAGGCUAAUGAAUGUCAAAGGGAAUCUGAAGAAUUGGGGAGAACAGAUUUUAUUCCAAAAUUGCAUGACUGUCAGGAAGUGAGUACUUUGACAGAAAGAGAAGAUGAUAAUCUUAAAAUGCAACUGGAGAAUCUCCAAAAGGAGAGAGACCAGCUGAAAGAAACUAUACUGGAGACAGUUAGCAUGAAUUCAGAGAUGCAGGAAGAGCUGAGAUGUGCUCAUGACUCUCUCAGACAGUAUCAGGAGACUAUUGUGGAGCUGAAAGAAAGCAUUUUGGAAAAAGAAAAUCAACUCUUGAAAGCACAAGAGGCAUGGAAGAAAACAACUGAUGAACUGCAGCAGAAGCUCACUGAGGUUUCUGAAAACCUGACUCGCGUCUCUUCUGAAUGUUGCAAGCUACUGACAGAAAAAGAACAAAUUGAAAGAGCAAUGAAUGAGGAGAUCUGUCAACAGCUUGAGAAAAUCGCUUUACUUAAUCAAGAGAAAGAUGACCUACAGCAAAUGGUAGAGACUUGUAAAGCAGAAAGAGACCGGUUAGAGGCUGACUGUCAGGAAAGCAAGGAGAAAUCCUCAAAAGUUCUGAUAGAAAUGGAAAACCUACAGGAAGAACUGAAGCAUCAGAAGGAGCAAGCUGAUAUCCAGAAGAACAUGCUAGCAAAUGGAGAAGAAAAAUUGCGAAACACUGAAGAAAAACUAAAUGAAGAAAUAAACAAGCUGAAGAAAAAGAUAGUCAAGUUGAAUGAGGUCUUAAAAUUGGUAACGAAGGAAAGGCACCAGCUGCUGGAAGAACUGAAAGAAAAGACGGAGAGUGAAAGCAGUAAACUUCAGCAGCUGGAGAAACAGUGUGAUGUGUUAGCACAGGAGAGACAUCAGCUCCAGGAAAAGCUGGAAGUUACUCAAGCAGAGAAGAACAAGAUGGAGAUUACACUACAGGAGAGUGCUGAUAAGAUUCUUGAAACGGAAAACGAAUUGAAAUGGCAACAAAAACUGCUCAGUGAUGAGAAGAUCAAAGCUGAAGAAAGUGAGAAACACUUGUUAAAGCUUCAAAGGCGGUCAUAUAUUUUGGAGGACAGCCUAACAAAC